GCCAGUGGCUCUGCGCGCGAGAUGCCGCGAAAUGUCAAACAGCAGCAGUAGCACCGCGCGGUGUAAACUUACUAACAUACUAAGCUAGCGCCUGUGCUAACGGACCACAGAGAGCGGAUACAGCGGGUUUAUUUACAAAGUGACGCUUUAUUUCACACCACGCAGCGUUUAUAGAGAGGUUAAACAGUAGAGAGCUCUCUGUGGGAGCAGCUAGCUAGUUUUUUAGCCUGUAUUAAAAUGGUUAAGCAGUUUUGGUGAACUCUAGCAGAGUUUUGUCCCUCUGUAACCUCAGCUCGUUAGCUCAGCCGGUUUAAGUAGUUGUUCUCGGCUGAGCUAGAGUUAAAAAAAAAAAAACAGAGAGAGAAUGAAGAGAAGUCAGCAGAAGGCUGUAAAGAAGGUGAAAUGUUUCCAGGGAGCGGAUGAGGAUUUACUGCUCCUGCCUGAGAAGUUACAGAAGAGGCUGCUGCAGUUUCAGCGCGAGGGGGUCAAAUUCGCUCUGUCCAGAGACGGAAGGUGUUUAAUUGCAGAUGAGAUGGGCCUGGGGAAGACUGUGCAGGCCAUCUCGGUUGCGUACCUUUACAGGCAGGAGUGGCCUCUCCUCAUCGUGGUGCCAUCUUCAUUAAAGUACCCCUGGAUUGAGGAGUUGGAGCGCUGGGUUCCUGAACUUCGGCCUGAGGACAUCAAUCUGGUGGAGAGCAAAGCAGAUAUCAUGGGGAUCAGUCAGAGUAAGGUGACAGUACUAGGCUAUGGGUUGCUCACCACUGAUGCACGCUCACUGGUGGAGGUCCUGAACCAGCAGCGCUUUGGUAUCGUCAUUGUGGACGAGGCGCACUACCUGAAAUCCCGGAACGCGGCACGCACCAAGAUUCUGGUGCCAGUCAUCCAGAAUGCAAAACGUGCAAUCCUGCUCACGGGAACUCCUGCACUUGGCAGACCAGAAGAGCUUUUUAUGCAGAUCGAUGCUCUCUACCCAAGGCGCUUCGGCACCUGGAGCGACUACGCCAAAAAAUACUGCAACGCUCACUACAAGUUCUUCGGUAACAGGCGUCAGUGGGAUUGUCGAGGGGCCUCCAAUUUAGACGAGCUGCAUCACAGACUGAGUGAGAUUAUGAUCCGCCGACUCAAAGCCGAAGUCCUCACGCAGCUGCCAGACAAAAUCCGCCAGAGGAUCCCUUUCGACUUGCCCAAAGAGGCAGGCAAGGAAGCCAGUAUGCUGUAUGAGAAGUGGGAGAGGCUGAUGCGUUCUCUGGACUCAGGCGAGUCGAGUAGUGAGAACCCGUUCUCGGAGGUGAUGGGUCUCAUCACCCAGAUGUACAAGCAGACCGCAGUAGCCAAGGCAGGAGCGGUGAAGGACUACAUAAAGAUGAUGCUGGAGACGGAGCAGCUGAAGUUUCUGGUCUUUGCUCAUCACCUCAGCAUGCUGCAGGCGUGUACUGAGGCUGUCAUUGAGGCCAAGGCUGGUUAUAUCAGGAUAGAUGGCAGCGUUCCUUCUGCAGAGAGGAUCCAACUGGUCCAUCGCUUUCAGAAUGAUCCAGACACUCGAGUGGCUAUUCUCAGCAUACAGGCAGCGGGACAGGGGCUGACUCUGACGGCUGCAUCCCAUGUAGUGUUUGCUGAGCUCUACUGGAAUCCGGGUCAUGUGAAGCAGGCAGAGGACCGCGCCCACCGCAUCGGCCAGACCGCCUCUGUACAUGUACACUACCUCAUCGCCAAGGGAACGUUCGACAUGGUCAUGUGGGGGAUGCUGAACAGGAAGGAAAAGGUGACGGGCAGCACUCUGAACGGAAGGAAGGAUUAUCUGAAGGCAGAGGAGGGAGAUAAGGAGAAAUGGGACUUUUUGAACUUCGCUCAGGCAUGGACCCCGAGUGACUGCACCAUCGCCGACGAGGAUACCAAAGAGGGUGUCUUCUUCUCACACUUUGAGAAGGACAAGCAGCACGACAUCCGCAACUUUUUCUCUCCAACCUCAGAAAAAGACAGGAAGAGGAAGAGAACAGGCGAUGGCUCUGCCACCAGCUCUCUGCCACUUACGCCGUCACAUGACCAGCCAGAAGCCAAUCAAAGCUCUCACAGCCUCAGCCCCGUUUCCACUGUUUUGGAAGAGGAUUUUUCUCCUCAGGUGAAGCGACUGAAGCAAGCUAGCCCACUGUCCCGGCGUGGCGGGGGGAAGAGAAGCCCGCUUACACCCCUGAGCGCCCCCCGCAGGCUCUCGGCGGGUCUGCAGGUCCCCCGCCACAGCCAGAAGUGGAGCUGCGGGGUGUGUACCUUCUCCAACAGUGGCCUGCUGCUACGCUGCGAGAUGUGUGAGACACCCCGUGCUCAGGGAGUGCCGAGCCUGCCUGCAUCUCCUUCCCCAUCUCCCUCUCCCUCUGUCUCUGUUUCUGUUUCUGUGUCCAGCCCUUGCAUCACUCUGUCUGACUCAGAAGAUGACCAGGCCACUCCUGAAGCAUCAUGCGACCAUCCCAUCACCCCAACACCCCAAACUCCCUCGACCAAUCAGAAAGAUCUGAUGAAAGAGGAUGAAGAAGAGCAGCAGACAGAGCCUUCCACAGCUAAUGAUGGCGGUGGGUGUAACCCUGUAGAUGACUCUCUGCCCGUGUAUGACAGCCUGAAGUUCUGCGCCAGCAAAAAUACUGAUAGGAUCUACAUUUACGACAAGGAUGGCCUCCCACUCAACUGCAACUUCAUUCCUAUGGAUAUCAGACUGCAGAACUGGGAAGACUUGCCUCCAGAGUUCAGUCGCACUGAGAACCGGAGACAAGUGGUGCGAUUUGUGCGCGAGUGGAGCUUUUUGACAGCAAUGAAGCAGAAGAUGGUGAGGAAGAGUGGACAAGUGUUCAGCAACCCGAUACUCCUGCUGGACACACUUACAAACACAAACCGCAGACAAAGCAGCACCAAGAGGUACCUCACUAAACAGGAUGUGGCUCAAACCUCCAUCAGUGCUGCCAAAAAAGAGGGCGGGACUUUACGUACCAUCAGCAGGGACAACGUACCUGCCAAGAGGAAAUCCAUAACCAAACCACUCGACCAGGCCACUGAAGAAGCACAGCUCUGCUCAGCUCCCCCGGAGGUCUCUGUAUGUGGUGCGACAGGGUCCGGCUCUGACUCUGGCGCUGGGUCCGGGUACGUGCAGGCUCUGGACUCCGGAGGGAAUCCGCUCUGUCUGUCCUGCCAGAAGCCCAGCACGGAUCACUCGGGCUGGGCCGGAGGAUUCUGCAGCUCCGCCUGCAUGGAGGAGUUCCAGCUGCGCUCCAACCAGAGCUACAUGCGCGCCCGCGUGCUGGAGACGGAGCAGGGUGUGUGUCAGCACUGCGGCCUCCACGCCCACCAGCUGUACCUGCGCGUCCGCGACGCUCCGCACACACACCGCAAAGAGCUGCUGGACAACACCUGGCUCGCACAGCUGCCCCUCAAACAGCUGAACGAGAUGAUUCGUAACCCUGUGGAAGGCCAGUUCUGGCAGGUGGACCACAUCAAGCCCGUCUACAGCGGAGGAGGACAGUGUUUACUGGACAACCUGCAGACGCUUUGUACCGUCUGUCACCGCACGAGAACUUCCCAGCAGGCCAAAGAGAGGAGUCAAAUGAAGAAAGGACAAGCUGCUUCUAAACUAGCCUCCGACAUAACCCGAUUUUUCAUAAAGAAAUGAGGUUAUGUGCUUCACUGCAGGUUUUACUCCUGUUUAUUAGCUCAUUAAUAAUUGUUAACUGUGUAAAGGUAGUUAAAUCUAUGGGUAAAAUACGCUGUCUGUAACUGCCCUUGAAAAAGGCACGUCUCUAGUAUUCUGUGUCAUACAGAAUUUAGAAUUGUAAUAUUGAGAUCAUACUGCAACUCCAAUUAAUUACACAUUGAUGUGAUCAAAUUAAAGAUUACCAUGCAUUUCUCUAAUAACAACUAAAUACAGUACCAGACAAAACGUUUGGACACACCUUCUCAAUGUACAUUGUGUUUUGUUUUUAUUAUUUUUUUAUUUUUUAUUUGUUUUCUUCAUUGUAAAAAAAAAAAAAAAAUCAGCUGAGAUGGUUAUUUGAGGUGAUUAAGGAUGAGCUGGAGCUGUUACAACUACUGUAUCUGGGAUGUUAACACUACAAAUGCCAACACUGUGAUCACUGUCGCAGAUAUUGCCAAUGCAUUGUCUUAAAAUGUGCAUGUUUCAGAGGAUACUGCUGGAAUUGUGUAAUGUCAGAUCUUAAAAUGCUCUACAAAUAGAUAGAUAAAUAGUCUGAUGUGUAAGCCCAUCCCAACAAACUACACUGGCAGUCAUAAUUGUGUUUUUUGUUUGUUUGUUUGUUUUUUCUAAUGUGCCUUAUUUUAUACUGUAAUUAAUAUCCAGAAAAUUGUAAAUAAAAAAAAAAACCAA